AUGGGCUCCAAAGCAGACAUUUCCGGCCUCAUUGAAGCAAAGUUUGAUCUCUGCUCAGAAGCCAUGAAGAAGUUGGGAACGCCGAAGGCUGUGCGCAACUUCUUCGAUGGAGGCAAUCGCAGAGGGGAAAUCGGUGAGUUCAAGGAGGAGCUGAACCACAACAACAAAGACCGAAAGAAGGAGGCCCUGAAGAAGGUCAUUCAAGCAAUGACCUUGGGCAACGACGUCUCGUCGCUUUUUCCAGAUGUUGUCAAAUGCAUGCAGACCAACAGCUUGGACCUCAAGAAAUUGGUCUACCUGUAUGUGAUCAACUAUGCCAAGGCGCAGCCAGACUUGGCAAUCCUCGCCAUCAAUGCUUUCCGCACGGAUGCGAACGACCCGAACAAUCCUCUUCUGCGAGCUCUGGCUGUGAGGACCAUGGGCUGCAUCCGCCUGGAGAAGAUGACAGAGUACCUGAUCGAUCCCCUGCGGAGGAGUUGCAGAGACAUGGACGCUUGGGUUCGCAAAACUGCGACCAUUUGUAUUGCCAAGCUCUACGACAUCAACCCAGAGCUGGUGGAAGAUCAAGGCUUUCUGGACAUCUUGAGGGACAUGCUCGGAGAUUCGAAUCCGAUGGUCGUUGCCAAUGCAGUGGCCUCCCUUGGUGAGAUCUCCACAUCUGCGCGGAAGAACUAUCUGAAGCUCGAUGAGGAGGUGAUCUCCCGGCUUCUUCCGGCCCUCAACGAGUGCUCGGAAUGGGGGCAAGUCUUCAUCUUGGACGCGCUGGCUACCUACGAUCCACCGAACUCGAAGGUGGCAGAAGCCAUCUUGGAAAGAGGUGUCAUUGCUCGACUCACUCAUGGCAACAGUGCCGUGCUUCUGUCGGCCGUCAAGGUGAUCAUGAAGUUCAUGGACCGCCUGUCCAGCAACGACUUAGUGAGGACGCUGUGCAAGCGAAUGACAGCACCGCUGGUCACAAUGCUGUCCGCAGAACCAGAGAUUCAGUAUGUGGUGAUGCGCAACAUCAACCUUAUUGCGCAGAAGCAACCCAACAUUCUGCAGACGGAUGUGCGAAUGUUCGUGUGCAAAUACAACGACCCGCUCUACGUGAAGCUUGAGAAGAUAGCUGUGAUGGUGCAGCUGGCCUCCGACCGGAACAUUGACUCUGUCCUCUCCGAGUUCGUCGAGUAUGCCUCAGAGGUGGACAUCGAAGUCGUCCGCCAGUCCGUCCGAGCGAUUGGCCAGGCGGCAAUCAAGCUCGAACGAUCUGCAGAGCAAUGCGUGAAUUGCUUGCUGGAGCUGAUCAAGACUCGGGUCAACUACGUGGUUCAGGAGGCCAUCGUAGUUAUCCGGGACAUUUUCAGGAAGUAUCCUGGCCAGUACGAGAUGAUCAUCUCGGAGCUGUGCCAAAACCUGGAUAGCCUGGAUGAGCCCGAUGCCAAGGCGUCCAUGAUCUGGAUCGUCGGGGAGUAUGCCGAAAGAAUCGACAACAGCGGGGACCUCCUGGAGACCUUCCUGGAAACCUUCCACGAGGAGCCCUCCACUGUACAGCAGCAAAUCCUGACUGCGACAGUGAAGAAGUUCGUGAAGAGCCCCCAGGACUCUCGGGAGCUUGUUGGGCGUGUUCUGAAGCUGUGCACAGACGAAAGCACCAACCCUGAUCUGCGAGACCGUGGAUGGAUGUACUGGAGGCUGCUGAGCAACAACCCGCAGCUAGCGAAGCAGGUUGUUCUCAGCGAAAGGCCGACCAUCAGCGAAAAUUCCUUCGCUCUACAGCCGCGGGUGCUGGACCGCCUUAUUGCAAACAUCUCAACGCUGGCAUCCGUUUACCACCAGGUUCCCGAGGCCUUCUGCGACAACAACCGCGGAGCCCGGCAGGUGGAAGAGAACGAUGACUUCGAGGAUUACUCCGAAACCAUCGAGCGCGUCGAGCAAGAGAUCCAGCAGACGGGAAGGUAUGAAGAGGAGUCCGGCGAUGAGGCAAGCGAGGAUAGCAGCGCGAGCUCGAGCAGCGGGGACAGCCCCGACCGCAACAAGCGAGGUGCCCCGGCCGCUGCCCCAAGUGCAGGAGCUGGCGCAGGCCCUCCUCCGCCGCUGCGCCCUCUGGCGCAAGUGCUCUCGGAGCAGAGUCCGGGGGAGGGCGGAAAGCGAGGUCUCCGAGUGGCUGCAGCUGUUGUUCGAGGCACCGGUGGGGCCAUAAACAUGCAGCUGAUGGUCGGAAACUUCACCCCCCAGCCCAUGGGCGGCUGGGCUGUGCAGUUCAACAAAAACCCUUUCGGCUUGGCACCUCCGAGCGGACCACUGCAGAUGGAGCAGGUGGCACCGAAUGGAACGGCCAAAGCGCUGCUCCCCCUGACCCCCAACAAGCUGCAAGGUACACCGCCUGCACUACCGCUUUACUUGGAAGUAGCGAUAAAGUCCAGCGUCGACAUUUUCUACUUUAACGUGCCCUACGACUUGUCAGCGGUAUUGAUGGACAGCGGGCCGGUUCCAAAAGACGACUUCCAGCGGGUCUGGCAGAAUCAGUCCGUGCAGAAGGCGAUGUCCCAGGGAGUGUUCGCGCAGAGAGUGACGCCGGAGAUGGUUGCUGCAAGGUUGCAGCAGUACUUCUGCUACGUGGUUGUGAAGACCCAGGGCCAGGAGGCGGAUUCGCUUUACAUCAGCUGCACCACCAGUAACAAGCUGACAGUUUUCUGCGAGCUGAGCUUGCAGAAAGGAGGUGAGGGCCCAGUGCUGCUCAGAGCAGCCUGUGAUGGUGCCCAUCUUUCAGAGCUUCCUCUCCGAGCUGCUGCAGGUGAAGUGGCAGCAGGGUGGUCCUCCUGUGGCCGGAGGGUCCUCCGCCCCGUUUCAGUCGAAGAGCUGAAGCUCGUUGGCGAACGCCUGCACUACAAGCGCUUGACAGGUACUGGGCCGGAAGAGGGCUGGAUAAGCCUGAAGGUUAGUGGCAAGGAGCUAGUAGUCAGGAAAGACGAGGACGACACUCCCCCGGAAGACGUGGGUGGACCUGGAGACGCCGCAGGAGCGGUUGAGACUGAUGCCGCCCUCAAGAGCAAGCUUGAAGCUGACUCGAAGGCCAAGAAAGACGAAGGGGCACUUCUGCUGUACUGCAUGAAGUACAAGGUCCUCGGCUUCCCCUUGGACAAGCCGAAGCUGCGAAUUCUGUGCUUCCACAAUGCUGGCAGUGCAGAGUCCAUCUACACAGGGCCUGGCACUCCUUUCAUCAGCUGGAUCAAGGAGAGCAAGCAGAUCGAGCUUCUGGCCUUCGACUACCCAGGGCGAGACAAGCUGCUGAAGGCUACGAAGCACACGACCACGGAGACCCUCGCGCCGGAUCUGCUCGCCGUGGCCCACGAGAAGCUCACGGACGGCGUGCCUUACUUGGUGUGGGGCCACUCCGUCGGAACCUGGGUGGGCUUCGAGUUUUUGAUGCUCUGCCGAAAGGUGGGCAUUCCCAUGCCCCUGGCCGCCUUCUUCGUGACGUUCCCGGCCCCCCACUACCCAGAAGCCAAGCGACCUUGGCGGCGAAAUGCCAGGUUGAACGACUCGCAGUUUCAGGAGGAAGUCAAGGCCUGGGACAAGGAGCACUUCGGCGGGGCAGCCAAGGUUGUCUUCGAGGAGAGCUGGAAGGACACGUGGGAGCCGAUGAUGCGGGCCGACUUCAAGCUUUUCGACGAGUACAAGUUCCGCCAUGCGGGAGCACCCAAGUUCGACUUCCCUCUCCACUGCUGGUGGUGCGAGGGUGAGCAUUUCAUCAAGCCCGACAUGGUGCAGGCCUGGAAGGACUGGACCGCCGGGCCUUUCGACUACCAGGAGCUGAAGGGAGCGGGUCACCUCACGGCCUUCUACAAGCCGGACUUGAAGAAGGCGUAUUUCACAAAGGUCACGGAUCUCAUGAAGAACUAUGCCGGCUUACACCGAUGCCAUGCAUCUGGGCAUGCAGAUGGCGCUGCCAUGAAGGAUUCCGGCAGCAUCCGCCUACUGGCAACAGGCGAACUGACAGGUCAGAGAUAUGGGGAGACACCCUACAAGUUGUACGAGUCCACCGAUGGGCUCACGAGGGAGCAGCUUGAGCAAGCUCCCUACUUCUUCGUGUGGCUCCACGGCAUGGACAACGGCCCCAUCGCGCCGAAGAACCUGCAAAGGAUGCAAGCGAGACUUAAGCACCGCGUGAUCUUCAUGGCUCCUCAAAGCCCGGCCGCGAAGAACGAGCUCCGCUUCGACUGGGGCUGCUGUUACUACAAGACCCAGAACAAGAAUCAGCUAGGUUAUGUCUUUGGCUCGUUGCAUCAGGAGUUUCUACGCGAUUUCUCACAGCAGAUCGGCUUUCUGGCCUCGUUGUUUCAAGCUGAGCGUACCCUGGUGAUGGGGUACAGCAUGGGCGGAUUCGGCGCUUUCCAAGUCGGGGGAUUCUCCCCAGCCACCUUCGACGCAGUGGUGUCGGUGGCAGGCUACGGCCUCGGGACCCUCGAGGAAGGUGAGGAGACACCCCAGCCAGAAGCACGAGAGCGCUUCGAGCAGUUCCUCGAGCAGGUAGCCACGAAAUUGUCAGAUGUGCCCAUCGUGCUGGCGCUGCACGCACAGAAAGAUGGCAUGUCAAGCUUCACUGAUGCCGCACUCUCCGACGGGCCUCUGGCUCGUUCGGUGGGCCGCAGUGUGCCUCAGGGCACGGUGGACUUACUGCUCGAAAGCGGCAAGAAGAAGUUCGAGCCUUGGCAGCCGUGGUGUUUUGUUCAUGGUGGGGCUCGACAGGGCUUCGGGCUUAGGGUCUUGAGGAACUCCGGAAACCUUUGCCCCUCGCUUCUUGUGCCCUUUUCCUGCCUGCGCUGCCCCCUUAUUCCCUCUCAAGGUCACCUUGCAGACCGAGAAGCCAGCGCAGCGGCCGAAAGUCGAAACGAAGUCAGCGUGAAUCCCCGUGAACUUCAUGCAGCGACAAGUGUGGUUGCAGGACGUGUUAGCGCAAUCAUCGACAAGGUGAAGGAGUCGAGCCAGCAGCAUGGAAAAAAGAACGUUGUUGAGUUGUACCAGGUUCCGGAUGGAAAAGCUGAUUCUGACAAGACGAACAAAAAGAAGCAGAAGCGAAGAGGUCACCACUACUUCAACUACACCCUCCUCGACGGAUCCAGUGAAGAUUUCUUCUGGGCUAAGCUGCGAAGGUUCCUGGCAAAAACUGAACCCCGCGGCGAGCUUUUUCCUGUCUCUGUCCAAAGUCGGAGACUUCCGUGGAGUGGCCGAGGAGCUGGGCGAAUGCCCUCGUGUCCGAAGUGCGAGCCAGAGGUGGCUCAGGACGAGGAGAUCGAGCCAGAGUUUGAACUGGAGGGAGACGAGGAAGACGACCAGGCCGGGGUCUGGAGCAAGGAGGAGGAGGAAGAUCCUGAGCAGAUUCGCGGCUGGAAGCUUGAAGAUGAGCUUGAGCAGGAGGAGGCCGGCGAACUUGAGGAGAUGCCGGAGCAACUCGAAGAGGACGCAUGGCCGGGAGCAGAAGGCCCUGAGGGCCGGCCCUGGAAAGCGGUCUCAAGAGGCGCCCGUCCUCGCGUUGCGCCCUACUGA